UCCAUUGUUGCAGUGAUCACAGCCUUGUCUGGGACCUUCACCUUUGUUGCGGCCACCACUGUCAUGCGGGAACCCUCCACCAGUAUUCCACCCACCACAGCCGAGCUAACACCCUCGCUGCUCCCUCCCUUCAUUAAGGAUCACCGUCAUGGCUCUGAUGUUUCUCUUAGUACAAACACUCGCUGCUCUGUUUUUUAUAAACAGAGCUGCGGCGGCCACCUGCAACUCACAAGAGAUAGAGUGUAAAACUGGUGGGAACUGCAUCAGUUUGAUAAACGUCUGUAACGGCGUUAAGCACUGCACAGAUGGAUCAGAUGAGGAUCCUCAGAUAUGUAAGUUCUGGAAAGACGAUAAAGGCAGGUGUAACCAGGGUAAAUUUAUGUGUGAAGGGGCUUGUAGUUACCUCCAUGACCUGUGUAGCCGACCAACGUGUUUGGAUGACCUCGACUCCCGGGUGUGCGAGAUUGUGCAAUCCAAGAUACUCAAGUUAGAGCCAGAGGGCAUGAACUUAACCGCAGAGAUGGCAGAGCUGCUGGGGUCAGCGGUGAACAACACUCUCAGCAGCAUCAACUCACUCAGCGACACAUUUCCAAAGUGUCCCAUGUUGUACACCAGAGUUGGGAACCUUUGUCUGGCAUUCUUCUCCCCGGCUAAGGUGGCGUGGGCGGAGGCCAGACAGUUCUGCCACGCCAUCUAUGGUGAUCUCUUCUCCUUCAACCAGGGCUCAACAUAUAUUCAGCUAAUCGACUACAUGAAGAAAUCAUGUAAGCAUAUUCUGACUUGUUUGUUGAGUAUUACUACCGCUCUUACUCCUACUAUUAUGGUACUAGUACAAGUGUUAUGGCUUUACUGGAUGUUCUAUCACUGUUUCAGUACUGACGGCGAUUACUGGAUCGGUGGACGCUUUGAUUUGGACACAAUCAACUGGUCUUGGGUCGUCGAUGACUCGCCUAUGCCCAUGGGUACUCCCUACUAUACAACCGUUCCUGUAGUCGACGACCACUGCCCUACAGUGACCCCUACAGUGACCCGGCUAAAGCCCUGCACGGAUCCACUUGUUACAACUACGUACAAGCACCUGCGGAACGAGUUCCUGGAUGGUGCGCGGCUGUGACUUACGAGCACUUCUACUAUAUAAGUGAUGAGUCGUGUCAGGAUGCUCGUAGUCCACUUUGUAUUCUCAAAUAACCUACUAUAUAUGAGAUAUGAAGACUCUCCUGCAACCUGGAUGCUCUUCUACCUUUCUUUAUUGAGUCAUUGUUUGCUGAUACUGUCUAUUUGGUAUUGCCUGAUUGCUUCUUUUGCUAGAUAAAAAAAAAAAAGGUUGAUUACAAGUUGAACCAAACAACGACCAUCCGGUUCUUUCGCUUAUAACUUGCUCCUUAAUUAACACAGUCGAUCUGUACAAUACCUCUCUGCUUCUGUGCUUAAAUACUUCACGUCUUGUAUACCUCGAGCAUACAUGAGCGCGCACGCGUGCGUACAUACACACACAAAGGACAUGAUAACGACAUAUAAAAUACUGAGAGGAAUUGAUAAGAGAUGGAACACAGCGCCAAGGGAUAACAACAGGAAAUUGAAGCCUCAGAUGAGUCACAGGGAUGUUAGAAAGUAUUUCCUCAGUCAGAGUUGCCAGGAAAUGGAACAAUCUGGAGAGUGAUGUAGUAGAGGGAGGAUGCAUACAGAGCUUUAAGAAAUACAACAAAGCUCAUGGAGCAGGAAAAGAGUGGACCUAGUAGUGACCAGCAGAGAGGCGGGGAGGGAACUGUGAUUCGACCCCUGCAACCACAAAUAUAGGUAAGAACAGUAAUAAAACAAGAAAGACAGGGUAGGAUGGAUUGCAUUUUACUGUAGGGAAGCAUUUUGUACAUUGCCACACCAGAGAAUAGUCCAAAAAUUAGAAAAACAAAUAGGGUGAAAAGGCAGAGUGGGUCAAGGAGCAUCUAAAUGACAGAAAGCAGACAGUAACAGCAAGAGAUGAGACAUCGUAAUGUGAGAGAAUAACGAGUGGGGUUCCCUGAGGAUCAGUGCUAGGACCACUAAUAUUCCUAAUAUACGUGAAUGACCUACAAGAAGGGAUUGAGUCCUAUGUGUCACUGUUUGCUGACGAUAUAAAACUGAUGAGAGGAAUAAGAACAUGAGAGGACAGUGAUAAAUAACCUCAGAGAAACUCUACGAACUGAAGAUGUGGUCAAGCAAGUGGCUUUUUGAGUUCAACCUAAGCAAUUAGAGAAGGAGAAGACAGACCGGACACAAAGUACAGCAAGGAAUUGGAGCUACCUUCCUCUUGAACCAAACCUUAAGAUCUCCCAUUCCUCAGUGGUUAUUACCCCUAUAUUUUUUGCGCGAUCUCGUAAAUAAUGAUAAUAACUCUGGAAAAUAUGGAAUACUUUCAUGAAUACUGUAACUGAAGUAAAUUAAGUGCAAGUUUUAAUCCAAGUCAGAGGAAUUGUAGACCUCUAUUAGCGAAAAUAAUGUAGAUGGCUGAGAAGACAUGGACUUCUGAGAACCUCACGUUUCCUCUUGGCACCACCACUUGCUUUAGAAGCCAUUGUUAACUGCCCUUUACCUAACGUAUUGCAGAUACAUAGCCUAUGGCUGCAAAGGAUUUACGGAUUCGCAGAUCGUAGAAAUGCCCUCAAAGUUAAUCGAUAGUAUGCCGGGAUCCCAAAUUUGAGUGUGUAUGAUAAAAUCCGUGACCUCCUCACGUCAUCGAUUGUGGUUUAGAGGGAGUUUCCCCGACCCUCAGAUGCAUAAACAUCUCACAAGUGAGAGUGGUGUGUCAGGGUUUAUAACUCCAUCAUUAAGCAAGGUAAGAUACAUCUGUGAAUGAUAUACGUUAAGUAUAUCAAUGACCCCAAUGGAAAUAAGUCACCUUGUCUGACCUUAUUGGGGUUGUCCUAUGCAAUUUAAACAUAUGUAGCUAUGUAAAGUAAAAGGACACAAGUGAAACUAAUGUGACAUUUUUAUUGUGGCAACGUUUCGCUCUCCAUGAGCUUUGUUAAGCCGUUACAAACAGUACAUGUAUGUGUAUGUAUGUAUAAUGUUCGCCAAGACCGUAGUCCUGGCACGGGUCUCAAUCUUGCGAUGACCCGUCUCUGGCUGCCGAGGGAGAAAGGUUUCUACAAUGAUGCGACGUAUGCUGCUUAAGCACUCUUCUGGUCAGUUCAACUGGUGCAUCUCAUAAGCGACAACACCUUAUGUACUCCUGUGGAAACUAGCGAGGAGGAGGAUGUCGUUAUCACGGGUAACAGCUUGUCUGGUUCGUUGACUCCAUGGUACACUAUUGUGGCCGCAGUCAACUCUGGGUCCUCUUCGGGAGGGAAUAUCAGUCCUAGUUGAAAAAAUGAAUAUUGAACUUCGUCGAACAUCUAAUUGGGAGAAGAAAUGGAGAAUUACGACUAAUCCUGACAAGGUCCUUGUUAGCACGAUAGGAUGUUUUGCAUCAACCAUCGAAGAUAAAGGGGGUAUCUCCAUCAGAGGUACACCUGUAGCCAUUAGAAACCCUAACAAGAUCUUGGGAUAUGAAAUAGACAGGCUGCUCCACUCAACAUCUCAUGUAACUAAAAAGAUCAACACAGCCAAAGCCGGUCUUAGCAGACUCUUUCGAUUCAAUCAAGCCCCUCAAACAUGUCAAAAAAACAUCUGUAUAAAAUGAUAAUAAGACCUAUACUUGAAUACCCUUGUGUCCCAAUGUCAUUAACAACAAAGACCAACAUGCUACGGUUACAAAGGGUCCAGAAUAGAGCUCUUCGCUUUAUUACCGAUACCAGGAGGAGAGACAGAGUUAAAAUGGCAGAUUUACACACACAACAAGACAUUACUGCCAUAAAUGUACGCAUUGACACUCUAAAAAAGAAACAACUUUAUACAAUGCAAGAACUAUACAUGCCAGAUAGAGAACAUCCUAUACAAGUGAUAAAUACCACCGAUUACACCAUCAAUACUCCGCCUCACAGGACUCAAAGAAUGACUCUCCCACAGAGGGUUCGUCGUUUUAUUCAUACAGAUGAUUACCCUCGACCCAUGAUUUUGAGUAACUUACCUGACGAAGAAGAUUGGAUACCACCAGAACCCUUCUAUGUAUACUGAGAAAAUCAUCGCCCCCAAUUAGGGAGACAUCUUAAAUAACUUUCUAAUGUAAAAUUAUGCUAUUGACUAUUGUUGGACACCACCAUUAAGAAGCUAUUGUCACGAGCUUAAAUCCGGCUAGAAAAUUAUUGCCUUUCUUGUUGUAUAAAUAUCCGUUGUGCAAUCGCGAAAAAAAAAAAAAAAAAAAAAAAAAAAAUUGCACCUUGUAUAACUACUACCAAUUCAGAGUCAUGUAGUUAUAUACCAAUUAUAUCUAUGUGACUCUGAUGGGUUAGUAUUAUACCUCUUAAAGAAUAUCUUAUUAAUUCACAUACACUUUUUAAUUUGCACCAAAGUGGUUGGGCCACUUACCUUUUAUAUCCUACCUCUCCCCCCCCUCCCACCCUUUUCCAAUAUUUCCAUCCUUACCCAUCCUUCUUCCUUACCCAUCUUACCAAAGCUCUGGUCAUCAUCAUCAGAAGAAGAAGUCCUAGUUGCCUGCGGAGUGUCUCGGUAACUUCGCACUCCAGAAGAUAGUGUGUUAGGGGGCGCUGGACAACGUGCUGCAGUACUGGCACAUCUCCUCCUCAGCCUUGUCUACCAUCAUCUUGGUUGUGGGAAAGCCCAAACGAAGCCGAUGGAUGGCAGUACACUGCGCUCUGGACUAGCUUCUAUCAUAUGGAGGGGGUUCUCCCCGAGUCGCUGCUCGGGACCACUGUUGAGAUGGGGUAUCACCUAAGACCUCCCCAAUAAGUUUCAUGGCUCUGGCAACCACCAGUUUGGUCUGUCGUAGGCUGAUGGGGACAGUAAUCCCAACAUGUGGAUAGUCUGUUGCUGCCUUGGCUGCAUCAUCUUCCACCUCAUUUCCCCGGAUGCCAGCAUGGCUGGGGAUCCAGUUCAGUGUCGAUCUGUUACCCUGAACUAGUGGUAGUAGUAGUAGUGAGAUAAGGUGUAGUAGUAGUAGUAAUACAAUAUGUUAGAACAAUUAACUCGCACAAGAGUAAAAGGAUAUAAAAGCUAUAACUUGGGUAACAUAAAAAUAGGUUAGACAAAUAUUUCUAUUGGAGGCUGGAUAGAGAAGGCCUGUUUCAAUGUAAUGUGCUAAGAGAGACUAUGUGAUGGCAGAGUUUACUGUUUUCAGGAGGAUUCUUGCUAAGACUUCAGAGAUGGUGAAGCUGCCUUUGUUUUGUUUAAUUGUAUUAGAAACGGCUUUUAGUGAAGAUUCAAGACAUUUGCGUCUGCGGAAAUUGGUUUCUUUGAUCACUAGUUGGGCGUCCCUGAAUUUCAUGAGAUGAAGCUGUAUAGCCCUUGUGGCUUAGCGCUUCUUUUUGAUUAUAAUAAUAAUGAGAUGAAAUUCAGUCUUUAUAGCCUUUUACUCUUUUGUGAGUUAAUUGUUCUAACAUAUUGUAUUACUACCACUACAACUUAUCUCACUACUACUACUACUACUACUACUACUACCAUUAGUAUUGCACCUCACUCUGAGCCUAUAUAUACCCUCUGUGUCCAUGUACUGUUUGUGAUGAAUGGUUUGAAAAACCGACAAGCCACACUGGCUUCAUCAGUCCAAUACAAAGCAGAAGGUGUAAGGGGAGGAGGAGUUUGAGGUAAUCAGUCCCUCAGCCUGGAGUCGAUGUGUUCAGUCCAUCAAUCUUGUAGAAUGUACAGCAUAGGGCCGUAGACGUGGCUUAUAUACUGUAGUCAGGUGAGGUGAAGCAGGAGGAGGCGGGGUCAUAGCGGUACCAUCCACUAGUCGAAGUAGGCCUUCGUCCAAAGGUUGGACAAGUGUUGAAGAAUUCUUUGUAACAAGAUUGAUGGACUGAACACAUCGACUCCAGGCUGAGGGACUGAUUACCUCAAACUCCUCCUCCCCUUACACCUUCUGCUUUGUAUUGGACUGAUGAAGCCACUGUGUGGCGAAACGUUUCCUGAAUAAAGAUUCCCAUAUGUUGCAUAAGUGUCUCAAUCUUCAUGUACUGUUUCUAACGGCUUGACAAAGCUCCUGGAGAGCGAAACGUUGCCACAAUAAAAAUGUCACAUUAGUUGCACUUGUGUCCUAUUAUACUUUACAUAUUGUCGGUAAUUCUACCAACUUUAUUACAGUAUGUAACUAUAACAACACUGCGACUAGCCAAGGACUCGAACCCAUACUGCGUUGACUUGCCUCAUGAUGGGCGACAAUUCAUGACGCCUUUAUCCACGGGACCACACAAUCCUUAAGAGUAGCGCAUCCAGCGGAACUGGAUGUUGUACUCGCUACCCAAGGGCAUACGUUGGUGUGGGUGACUCUAGGCUAAUUUCAUUCUAGUCCCUGUUUGGUGCACUAAUACAACGAGCAGUAUUUUAUAUUAUUGUGCCCGUGGGCACAAUAAUAUAAAAUACUGCUCGUUGUACUAGUACACCAAACAGGGACUAGAACGAGUACAACAUUCAGUUCCGCUGGAGGCGAUACUCUUAAGGAUUGUGUGGUCCCUAACAGAAUACUCCAUUCUACUGAAUGAACAGCAAUGCAUGUAACCAUAGGACCUGUCUUUGUAAUACUCAUUUGUAUUUUAUAGUUAUCUGUUUACAAUAAUGUCUUAUCACUGAUUUCAUCAUUGCUUAGUUAAUUUUAAGUUAAUUUUAAGCCAGCCCGUAAUGCUAUGCAUAUAAGUGGCUUUGGCAUGCUGCUCUUACCUGUAUUUUUUGUACCUCUGUUUGUAUGCUAAAAUUUCUAAAUAAAUAAAAUAAAAUAAAAUCAUGAGGCAGGCCAAAGCAGCAUGGGUUCGAGUCCUUGGUUAGUCGCAGUGUUGUUAUUGAUCAAUAUCACUUGUUCGUGGGCACAAUAACAUGUUACUAUAAACAAUAAUUGUACUUCUGUAAACCUGUACCUAAUAAACUCACGUAAGGUCCUUUGUGUUCCUCAUCUUUUUCAUUAAGGUUGUCUGUCAUUACAUUUAUAGUGUUUAUACGAAUAUUAAUACAAAAAAAAUUGUAUUGCUUAAAUAAAAUGAUUAUUAAUGGAUUUUUU